GUUGUUUGUUUUUUUUCGCCGUGGAAUGUGAAGUAUCAAUGUCUUUCUUUUCAAGAAUUAUCUUCAACUACAGAACAGAAACUACAAAAUGUCGCAACGCGUCUGUGGGCUCCGAACGCGUUCCAUCUGGAUCUGCGAUUGUGAACGCCUAAGAGCUACAAGCCUCUGAUAUUCUUGUUAGCGCACCACGACAAAGCCUAUUCUAAGGCUAAGCAAUCGGUUGCGGUUGGACAUAGUCAUAGCGGAGCGAACGAGUGCCGAAAAUGCCGCAGCGUGGCCAUUGGUACUGCCGGCGAAGCCUCAUACGAUGGUCGGCCGACAGUGUCUGCAGUACUAAUGAACGGAGGUUUAGCGCGAAACUACCUCCGAAGGUGGUGGCGGGACGACAGACAAGGAGCUACCAAACUACUUGGCGAGAGGCGCAGCAACAUAGUACGUUCGGCAUGUUGUCACAACUGCCAAUCACGCAACGAAGUUCAAGUUCGACGUCGACCGGCGUGCGUCAAAUAGGAGUUCCCAUAUCUUUACCAGAUACAAGUACUACUAGUACAAUUUCAAGAAGGUCUGUUUCCCACUAUUGUCCAACAAUAUUUUCUGGAGGAUCCUCGUCUUCCUCUUCCUCCUGCAGUGGCUCUUUCAGCCUGCCGAUAGGGAGAAGGACUCAACAACUAUCUGCACGAGUUUCAUCAGCUGCUCGGAGGCACCUCGACCUGGAACGCUACCUGCACAAGCACGGUUGUCUCUUCCAUCGCAUCGUUGAGAUGGAUUUUAGAAUACAGAGGUUCGGCCUUGGUUCGGGUCGGCGUUCGCACAGCACAGCCGCGGUAGCAUGUAGCGCUGGCUUGGCAGGAGGCGGGCCGUCGUUGGCAACAGAAGCGUCCAGCUCUGCUUCUGGUUGUAGUGUAGCAUCAUCGAUACUAGGAGGCCGUCAAGAUGUAUCUUCGAGCUCGAUUCAGCAGAGUAAUACUCAGCUGCCUCUCGGGAAGCUGAGUCCUACUGAUGGCGCUUCUUCUUUUUCCUCCACAGCGGCAAGUCUUAGUGGAUCAGACCAUAUCUCGUCUGCGUCGGUUGCGGUAGCGCCAAGUGCGUUAGCAUCAGCCGCUGGUACUAUUACUGUGGCAGAAGUGGUGUCGACGGCGACGCCCGUAGUAGAUCUAGACAGUGUAGCUACAGCACUGCAAGGUGCAAAAAAUGCUUCGUCACGCAACUAUGGGCGUCUUCUUUGGGAGCUGUCGAAAGGGCGGCUCACCAUAUGGGUCUGCCUGUCCGCCUUGCCAGGGUAUUUUAUCGCAGCUCCCACAAUCGGAGCAUUUAACGUGGCGACGCUAUUCAUCGGCACUGGGCUUUGCUCGACGGCUUCACAAGUGGUAUGUUGAGCUAUGUCUCUAUUAGAGAGUGCAUGAUCUUGAGAUUGAUCCGUAGAAUUGCAUUUCGUAACUCUUUCUGUUUCUUCCUCAGGGGAUUCAUUGUUGGCUUUUUAAUUUCGUUCACAGGCAAACCAGUUGAUCGAAGUAGAGUACGACCGGGAGAUGAAGAGGACGCAAAACAGGCCUUUGGUUCGAGGCGCAGUAUCGGAGACGGAAGCGAAGAUUCUAACCGCCUCUACGCUAACUCUCGGUACGACAUUACUUGCUAUACACCAUACGCCGAUGGCAGCAGCAGUGGCGGUCGCAACAUUUGGCAGCUAUGUGUUCUGGUAUACGCCUAUGAAGCGCCUAUCGUGCUACAACACCCAUGUGGGGGCUAUUGCAGGGGCUCUCCCAACGUGCAUCGGCUUUGCCGCUGCGCUACCUCCAUCUUCUGGCAUUCUACAACACUCCAGUGCUUCGACGUCCACGGAACAAUUGCUAGUAGCUUCAACAGAACUACAUCAUUUUCAGGGAGCAGAUCAAGGAACUUUGUCUGCUCACCAAAACAUAUUACGUAAUGUCGAUGGUCGUACUAGUGAUCAAGAGCUCCUGGUGACUGCAGGAGCAGAGCAGCAUCUACAUCUAGAUUUUGAUGGUCUCUCAACAGCAUCAUCAUCUACUACCUCGUCAGUACCCGAUCAUGCCUCGAGUAUUGUUGAUUCUUCUACGCUGAUAUCAAGUACACUUUCUGAGUCUUCAGGGAUUCUCGCUUCUGUCAUGGACUCCCCGUGGCUUCCACAUUGCCUGUUCUUCUUCGGCUUUCAGGCCUUGUGGCAGAUGCCCCACUUCUACUCCUUAGCGUGGCUCUAUGCGGAGGACUACAAGAACGCAAAUUUCAAAAUGUUCUGCCUUGACGACCCCACAGGUUAAGGCCACACUAGACGUUUGAAUUAACUAAGUACUUGAGAUGCAGGAUGUUUGACCUGUCACAGUGUGAGACACCGUCAGAGGCGGGCACAGCAAAAUCUUUGUUUUUCCUCGAGCGCAGUCUGAUUUGUCUGUUGCUAGACAGAGACGAGCCAUGGAGCAGAUCUCUUUUUCUCCUUGUGAGCUCUAAACAAACGAGGAGACGGCAAAGAUCUGCGAACCAUGGUUGUGGGCAAUUUUUGCGUACCCUUUGGUUGGCUACGCGGCGAGCGUUGUGCCGUGGAUGUUUAUUCUGUCGACCACCGGAUCUACCAUAUUCUGGUGGCGAUCCUUUCAAGCGUUCAAAUUUAUGAAGAGUACCCGGUUGAGAAUAUGUCACCGCAACAUGUUAAAGUUUUCCCUCCAUCCAAGCACUGAUGUGUCAAAAAAUUGAUACUUCUUCUGUGUACUUAUCUAUCCGUAUGUCCGUCAUUGGAGUCAGGAAAUCUAUCAAUCCAUCUCCUAGUAGUCAGAUCUCCUACCUCCACCAGUCUUCAUAUUCGCAUCACCGAGCAAGCGAAGCUGCCGCAGCUUUUUUAAGAUGAGCCUGCUCCACCUGCUGUCGGUGAUCGUCUUCUUCCAGUUUUUCAGUAGUGUGCCAGACAAAGUGCUCAACGGGGAGAACAAGCUGAAUGGUUUCCAUGAAGUUAGGCGGAAAAUACGAGACCGCCUUUGCUUUCACGACAUGAUGCAGAUGCGGCUUGGCAAGGAUUUCUGUCCUGUCCCAAAAAUAUCCGCGGGGCCAUGUAGUUGAAGAAUUUCCUUCCUGCAAAUGCAAUGUGAACUUGUACCUGCAUGAAAAAGAAAAUAUCUAUCCGCAGUCGCUCUACAGCGAACCUAUCACCAUCACGCAGCUCGCGGAUUUGUUGAACUCCAAUGAGACACCAGCCACCUUUAUCUAUCAUUGCGAUUAUUUCUCCAUUGUAUCUCGUGCCAGGGACAGCGAGCCCGAUGGGAACUUUUUUUGCGAUAAACGUCAAUGUAUGCGAAUCUUUCAAUCAUCCUCCUAGUGGACAGGAACAAGCAAGCUGAGGAAAAUUCCUGAACCAUUUUCCACAUGCUCAACCAAGACGAC